CUUCUUUUCAGGCCAUGAAGGCAGAUCGGUGGCACUGUGUCCUCAGGUGAGGGAAUUUUGUUUUUGUUUUUAUGUCCUACAGUCCGUGAAUGCAGCAGUGACGCGCUGCACCAUUAGACAGAAGAUGGCGGACGCGCUUCACGACGGCGACGCGACGGCGGACAAGCCGGCGCCCAAACGCCGUCGCAUCCUGGACUCAGCGAGCAUCAUUCCCGUGCCGGUCUACUCCAACAAGGUGAACAGCAGCCUGCGAUUGAAUGCGGAGUGUCCAGUCUUGAUGCAAAAGGAAGGAUCGGAUGAAGGCGAAGUGGAUAAUCUGUGGUCGCAGAUGACGCAUCGGGAAGAGCAAAAGCAAGCGUUCAGCAUCACCAUCAGUGACUCUGAUGAUGAACAGGAAGUAAAGGAGAGUCCCUCGCUCUCGCCGCCCCCUCCCCCAGCAGAGAUUUCAUUCAAGAAACAGUCGCAAGAGUCCAAGAGGAAGAUCAAUGAAGUGGAGAGGAGACUACGUGCUGUCAGCGCCGCCCUCUCCCCCACGGGUGUGUCCAACAGGGGGCACCGGCGUGCCAUCCCGGAGCAGGAUGAUGAUGUCAUUGUGAUGGAGCCUGGGCUACAGUCAUGUGACUUACAGGUGCUAAAAGUGCGAUGUCGCACUGACAUCUACAAGCUGACUGUCACAGCGAGUACGUCGGUGAGCCAGAUGGCGAGCCAGAUGGCAGAGAUCUUGGGCGUGCCCGUCUUCCGCCUGCGGCUCCUGAGGGAGGAGGCGGAGCUUGCUGCUGAGGCCAGCGUGGGCGAGUUAGGCCUGGACAUCACUGACAUCUUGGAGUGUGUCGUCAUGGCGACGGAGGAGGGUGCCGUCAUCACGCUGCGACUGCAGGGCAAAGACCGAGGAUCCACGCGGGACUUCUCGGUGCACAAAGGGGCGGAGCUCGGCGCCAUCUUCUCGCAGUACGUGUCGGCGCUGCCCGCCGCCGCCAAGCGGAAAGUCAAGUUUCACUUUGAUGGCUGCAAGGUAACGGACGGACAGACGCCGGCGCAGCUGCACAUGGAGGACGGAGACAUCAUCGAGGUGUGGACGUGACACCAAAAGAAAAGGACUGCCAGUUUCAUUUGCUGCAGAAAACAAAUCAAUCAUAUUUGUACUUUGGAAGACAUUAAAGACUUUUUUUGAA